UGAAGUUUUUGCCCGGAAGUGUAACCGUUUUAGAUGCCCGCUGAGGUCAGGCGGCUGUAGCUGUAGCUCAAAAGCCGCUGUAACGAAACUGCUACUGUAUUUUUUUUUACCUUUGUGUGUAAUGGCACUCCAACUGAAAGACAAAGACGCUUAUCAAAGACUGAACUAUCUUUACCAGGCAGCACAUUGUGUUUUAUCCCAAAACCCGGAAAAUGUGGAGCUGGCUCGUUUCUACUGCUUCACACAGAGGACCAUUGCAAGGCGUUUAGUUCUCAGACAAGACCCAUCCGUGAAGAGAACCUUAUGUAAGAAGUGCUGCUCAUUGCUCAUCCCUGGUGUAACUGCUUCAACAAGACAACGAAGAAAAAACAGCAGGACCCGCUUCACUGUUGUGCAGUGCCUCAGCUGUGGGCAGAGCAAAACGUUUCUGAAUGAUCCGGAUCACUGUUUAUGGGUAGACCAGCCCGAGGCUCAGCUGGAGCAACAGAAGCAGCCAGAUCCAGGCCCCUCUGUUAAAAAACAGCCAAAAGACACAAAGCCUGAUGUGUCUUCUAAACCCAGCGCUGCCCAGAGCACUGCCAGCACGUAGCAGCAGUUCUUUUUCUGACUGACAUAUGAAGGACUGAUAUAAUUUUUUUUGAAUAUAGGUGUAACUAUUAUGUUACAUAGAUCUACAAUGUUUUAGUAUUUUUAUUGAUUUAGUAACUUCUUGGGCUCUGUGGUAUCAUGUUUAGUAUCUUUGAUGUGAUUUUUAAUGCCACCGACAGAUGGCCACCGUGUGGCGUGCUACACAUGUAGGAUUUAAAGGAACACGUGUUGGUGGUGAGACUGUUUCUUUUUUUCAAAAAGUAAAACUUUAUUGAUGGUAAUGCUUUAAUUAAAAAGACGCCGACAAGAAUGGAAGAAUGAAUUAAAUGAAUUC